CCACGAAUAAAACCUAAAAGCUAGCAUAUUUACUUAAAAUUGGGAAACAAAUAUGUUAAAUAUACUGAAGAAGAGGUGUAAUAAUGGAGAUGAAGAGGGUGUAGAGCAGAGGAAAGGUCCUUGGACGCUUGAGGAAGACACUCUUCUCAACAAUUACAUUUCCCAUAACGGUGAAGGCCGAUGGAAUCUGCUCGCUAAAUCUUCUGGGCUAAAGAGAACAGGAAAAAGUUGUAGAUUACGAUGGUUGAAUUACCUUAAACCCGACAUAAAGCGUGGGAAUCUCACCCCUCAAGAACAACUCUUAAUCCUCGAGCUUCAUUCUAAAUGGGGUAAUAGGUGGUCCAAAAUUGCCAAAUAUUUACCGGGAAGAACAGAUAACGAUAUAAAAAACUACUGGAGAACAAGAGUUCAGAAACAAGCACGCCAGCUCAACAUCGAUUCCAAUAGCCACAAGUUCUUGGAAGUUGUCCGUAGCUUUUGGGUUCCAAGAUUGAUCCACAAAAUGAAAGAUAACUCAAACACCAACAGUAAAGCUACUCUUCCUGAUUUACUUGGACCGGUUUUACAAGACAGCAGUUUCCCACAUGAAUUUUCCAACAUAGAUUUUUCCACUUCUAUGUCGGUAGAUCUCAAGAAAACAUCACAAUUCAUGGUCAUGGAGUCGUCGUCUGAUCUUGAAACCACAUGUUCAUUGUACUUGGACGGAUCACGAGGGAGUAGUAGUCAAUGUGUGAGUGAAGGUUACAGCUCCUUCCCUUGCCUAGAGGAGGAUUACAUGGUGGCCACUAUGGGCAGUUCAGACAUUUUACAAUUGCAAGAUUGUCACGUGGCUGAUUCUACGUACGAGGAGGAUGUGACACAAGAUCCAAUGUGGAACAUGGAUGACAUUUGGCAGUUUAAGGAGUAUGCACACUAUAAUUAGGUUGUAGAACCCACACAAUAUUGAUGUAUGUUCUUACAAGCUAGUUUACAACUUCAAUUCAGAGGGAUUUAUAUGUCUUUAUAUCUAUAUUGUCAUAGUUUUGGAUUGAU